AUGAGUCCCUGGUUGCCGGCUUUGCUUCAUCAUUUUGCUCAUCAAUACCCCUCCUCACCAUCCGCCCCUUCACCCUCCUCCUCCUCCUCUCUUUUCUCCCUUCAUUCCCCUCCCCAUCGCACUCUCUCCUCCGCCUCUCUUCUCUCAUCUACUGCUGCAGCUGGUUGCCGGCUUUGCUUCGUAAUCUUGCUCAUCAAGACCUACCCCUCCUCACCAUCCGCCCCUUCACCCUCCUCCUCCUCUCUUCUCUCCCUUCAUUCCCCUACCCAUCUCAUUCUCUCCUCCGCCUCUCUCCUCUCCUCUACUGCUGCAGCUGGUUGCCAACCUUGCUUCGUAGCCAUGCUCCUUCCCUACUGUGUUCCUCCACCUCUAUUUUCUCCCCUCAGCGGCGCAGCAGCAGACUACUCUCCUGUUAUCCCACCUCCUCUUAUUUCUCCUCACAGUGGCGCAGUAGCAGACUACUCCGCCAUUAUUCUUCCUCCUCCUUUUUCUCCCCCCAGCGGCGCAGCAGCAGACUACUCCUCCAUUAUCCCUCCUCUUAUUUCUCCCCUCAGCGGCGCACCAGCAGACUACUCCGCCAUUAUCCCUCCUCCUCUUAUUCCCCCCCUCAGCGGCACAGCAGCAGACUACUCCGCCGUUAUCCCUCCUCUUAUGUCUCCCUUCAACGGCGCAGCAGCAGACUACUCUGUCGUUAUCCCUCCUCCUCUUAUUUCUCCCCUCAAUGGCUUAGCAGUUGACUACCUCGUCCCUAUUCCUCCUCCUCUUUUAUCUCCCCACAUUUGCUCCAUUGCUACCCCCUUCCCCCGCAGGUCGACUUACGGAGGUGAGUAA